AUCCUCCCAGUCAUCUCCAGCGUCGUCUGGCUCGGCAUGCUCCUAGGCCUCCUCCUCUACUGGGUCGUCGACACCAACAGCGAGCACUACUCGUACAUGGACAAUGGCGACUCCAUCGCCUUCAUCAGUGACAUUGGCGCCAGCAAGCUCAAGCCGCUCUUCAUCGCCGGAUCGUCCGUCACGACCGUCUUCCUCGACCUGUCCUUUGCCGCUGAGCGUCUACUGCGUCACAAUGGACGACUAGUGCCCAACACGACUCUCAAAGAAAAGGUUCUAUCCGUCCUCAGCAUUGUUUUUGCCAUCAUUGGCACGGCUGGCCUGAUCCUCUUGACCAUUUUCGAUACGCACCACCAUCAUCGCUUACACGACGUCUUCCUCUUGCUCUUCAUUGCCGGAUACAUUAUUUCUGCCGUUUUUAUCUGCUGGGAAUAUCAGCAGCUAGGCCUAUACAACCGCCAGCACCGCAUACUCCGCAUCUCCUUCUGGGUGAAGCUCACCUUUGUUCUCGUCGAAUUCGUUCUUGCCAUCAUCUUUGUCGCCACUAAUUGGAGCAACAACGAAAACGUCGCCGCCGUUUUCGAGUGGAUCAUUGCCUUCAUCUUCACAUUCUACAUCCUCUCCUUUGUCAUCGAUCUCUUGCCCGCCGUCCAUACAAAA